UCACCUCAAUUGGCGAUUUAUUAAAUAAAUAUUAUUUAUGUAGUAUUGCUCACUUAAAGCAUACGAUAAAUACUUUAUAAGCCUUUCCGUGCUGCAAAACCAAGUAAGUGCACUGAGCAAGAGUUAAUCCAACAGUUCUGUUACUGCACACAAGCAGCAAAAACGAAACAAAAACACCGCAUCGAAACGCACGUGUGCGGGAAUAUGGAAGCAGAGAACGGCGAGGGGCAGGUGCAGGUGCACCUUAAAACCAAACAAGAACACUAUGCUGUGCCUGAUGUCCCAUAUGCCAUCGAAGGCAGCGUGUCCACCAUGGAGCUGAAUAUAUUCCUAAAUGCGCUGUUGCAGAGCAAAGGCGCCGAAGGUGUUGACUUUGAUUUUCUUGUAUUCGACGAGUAUCUGCGCGGUCGGCUGUGCGAUCAUCUGCGCGAGAAGGCCAUCAGCUUUGAGGAUGCGAUUGAUAUUGAGUAUGUCGAACGUUUUCCGGCGCCAGAGCCGCAGGAUUGCCUGCUGCACGACGAUUGGGUGUCGGCGGUAAAAGCAUGCGGCAAAUGGAUCCUGACUGGCUGCUACGACAACACCAUCAACAUUUGGACAAACAAGGGCAAGCACAAGCUAACGAUACCCGGUCAUACGGCGCCUAUCAAGGCUGUGGACUGGAUAUCAAUGGACGACGAGAACGGACGCUUUGUGUCCACCUCACAGGAUCAGACAGCCAUGCUGUGGCAGUGGAACAUUGCUUCAAAUGCCGUGGAAUGUGUGUCCGUGUGCAAGGGCCACGAACGCGGAGUCGAUAGCGUCUGUGUGAGUCCGGAUGCGCAGCGAUUUGCAACCGGCUCCUGGGAUACAAUGCUUAAAAUAUGGUCAGCUGGAUUGGAUGACACCAGCGAGGGCACCGCAAAGCGAGUCAAGGAGAGCGGCGUUAGAACGCCGAAGAUGACGCUGCAGGGCCAUCGGGAGAGCAUUUCGGCUGUACAGUGGAUGGACGCCACAACGUUGCUGACUGGCAGCUGGGACCACACGCUCAAAGUCUGGGAUCUGCAAAUGGAAGGCAUCAAGACAGAGAUAUCGACCAACAAAUCUAUAUUCGAUGCCAGCUACUCCAAAUUGAAUCGCCUGAUUGUCACCGCAUCGGCGGACAAGAAUCUGCGUCUAUAUGAUGCGCGUACAAAUCAGGGUUCUGUGGUGCGCAACACUUAUCUGGGACACAAUGCUUGGGUGCAGACAGUCAUGUGGUCGAAUACGGAGGAGUUCCUGUUUGUGUCUGGUUCAUAUGAUAACCAGAACAAACUGUGGGAUUACAGAAGCCCCAAGGCGCCGCUUUACGAUUUGCUGGGGCAUGGCGAAAAGGUUCUGGACAUCGACUGGUCGAAUCCGAAAUACAUUGUUUCUGGCGGUGCCGAUAACACUGUGCGUGUGUUUAAGUCGGGCAAAGCAACAGUAGAAAAUAUGGAAACAAAGUGAAAUGU